AGAAACAUGAAUGAGGUAAAGGAGGCUCUAAGAAACAUAGAGCGGAACUACAAGCUCUUCCUGCAGCAGCAGUUUACGUUUAUUGGAGCGCUGCAACACACCCGAGAGAAUGCACAUGACAUGAUCAGACCUGUGGCAAGCAUCAGCCAGGUGCAGUCCUACAUGGACCAUCACUGUAACAAUUCCACGGACAGGCGUAUCCUCAACAUGUUCCUAAACAUCUGCAAUGAUCUGAGCAAGCUCUGCCACAAGCUGGAAACCACUCAUUCCGGUAACACCAUAACCGAUGGCAUUUUGGAGAGAUGCAAGCUGCUCCUUAGCCACAGCAACGACCUGAGCACCAUCCGGGCUAAAUACCCCCAUGAUGUUGUGAAUCACCUGAGCUGUGAUGAGGCAAAGAAUCAUUAUGGAGGUGUGGUGAGCCUCAUCCCCAUCGUUCUAGACUGCAUGAAGGAGUGGGUGACCCACGCCGAGAAGCUGCCACGGCACGUGCUCUGUAACGUGAGUGGUGGAAGUGCUAUCUCUGAGACGAGGGCACCCCAGGAGGCACCAGCUAGGGCAGCCAUUUCCCAAUCCCCCCCUUCUGUGCACCUCAAAGCUCAGACCUCAGCUGGUGACAGAGAUAAUGUACAAGUGCAGGGGAGUAAGCAUGUCCGGAAGAAGAACCUGAAUAACCCAGAAAACCACAGUGGGAAACUUAAACAUGCCUGGAAACCCCCAGGUAGACACGCGUUUUAAAGGAUCAAAGUUCAUGCAUCUUCUGCUUGGCACCUUUAAUCCGAUGGCUGAUUAAAGACAGUGAAAUGAAUACUAGAGAUCCUUCCUCUCUGAGUGCCCUUUCUGAAGAGUUAGCCCUGUAAGCCAGCCUUGGACAGGUACACACUCUCUCCCUUGCAGAUGUUUCUGCUCUCUGUUCAUAUCCCAACAGAAGUACCUGUAGCACUACAGCUGCUCCCUUUGACCAGCGCUGCGGGGAGAGCUUGGAACGGUCAGGAGCAAUCGGGUUCUCAUCACACAGAUAUGAAUCUUGGGCAAGCUACUUGAAACGGGAUUUUACAUUUUCUCAGGCUUCUUUCUGAGGAACUACCCCUCGCUCGCUGAAGCGGGCUGUAAAGAGCCUGCCUGUGUGUCUGAAGGGCACGAUGCAGAGCAGCAAAGGCCUCUCAUUAUGGAUUCAGACCUGUGUUCGAGAUUUAGACUUGUCCCUAAAGUUCCCUCACCCCCGCUGAAAUUACCUGGUUAUUUAGACCAAAGAAUCAAAAGUCUACAGAACACUAAUGUCUCCCUUACAUGCCACCGGCUACAGAAAAAGUCAGGGUGCAUCAGCCACACCAACUGUGCUCUGCUGCGUCCUCCUGGCAGGGUCUCACACCCCUCAGAACAUCCUCCCUCACACCCAUUUGACUCCUCUGCUGUCAGAGCUAUGGAUGUAAAGGAGAACGGACUUCAUUUUGCACUUAGUUUAGUGCACUGGCAAUAUCCCAGCUUGACUAAAGCACCCCUGUCCUCCCCAGAGCUCUGCAAAACUAACAAAGUCAUUUGCAGUCAGUGUGAUCCAUGGGGAUCUGGUGGGAGCAGAGACUGAGAAAGCUGUGGCCAUUUUCAGGUCCUUCCUUUCCAAACUGCAAGUUAGAAUGGCUGUGCUUUCC